ACGGUGUGUAUCAUGGGGAUGCAGGGCGUAUGAGCACACCAUGAGCACGUCUCCAGCAGCAGGAGCAGGGAUGGCUCGGCAGAACAGUCAAAACCGACUGAUGUUUCUCUUUGAAUAUACAACAGUCAGAUAUGUGGGCACGCAAAAUAAGAAAAUCGGACUUCUGUACAGAAUGUUUCAACUCACUGUCAUGGGAUAUCUCAUCGGAUGGGUGUUUUUAAAAAACAAAGGAUACCAGGUGAAAGACGACACUAUCGAGAGCUCUGUGGUAACUAAAGUGAAAGGAGUUGCGCGUGUCAACACAACACAUUCAGAUCUGAUGGGACCGGAGGACUAUGUUUUCCCCAACCAGGGUGAGAACUUUCUCUCUAUAACAACCAACUUCAUCGAGACACCAAACCAAAAACUAGGCAACUGUUCAGAGAACGCAGACGUUCCAAACAACAACUGCUCUAAAGAUGAAGACUGCGUAGCGGGAGAGGCUGUCAGGGCUGGAAACGGAAUUAAAACAGGCAUUUGUUUGGAAGCGCACAAUGGCACCUGUGAAAUAUACGGCUGGUGUCCCACUGAAAUACGCAGGGAACCAGACCCAGCCACCAUUGUGAGACAAGCUGAAAACUUCACUUUGUACAUAAAAAACUUCAUCAGAUUUUCCCAGUUCAACUUCUCAAAAUCAAAUGUUUCACCGACACAGAGAAAAUCGUCUUUAAAAAACUGCUUGUAUGACAAAAUUGAUAACCCAUACUGUCCUAUAUUUCGGCUGGGAGAUAUCGUGAAAAACACUGGACAAAGGUUUGAAGAAAUGGCUGUAGGGGGUGGUUCAGUUGGCAUUCUGAUCGAGUGGCACUGUGAUUUUGAUAAAGAAGCAGACUGUCACCCUCACUACAGCUUUUUACGUCUGGACAGCCCGGCGGAAGAUGUGAAAUUUAACUUCAGAGUUGCUCGCUAUUACACCGACGCUGAAGGACAGAGGCGAAGAACUUACUACAAAUAUUUUGGAAUUCAUUUGGACGUCAUGGUGUUCGGAACGGCAAGAAAAUUUAGUAUUAUUCCUACGAUCGUCAACAUAGCCUCUGGUCUGACAUUCAUGGCUGCGGGUUCUUACGUCUGUGACAUUGUGCUACUGUAUGUGAUGAUGAAGAAGAGGAGUGUUUACACGGAGUCGAAGCUUGAGAGAAGGUCGAGGAAUGAAAAAGAAAUCCCAUUACAAAUAAAGCCAGAGGGUCUGAAGAGAAAGUUCAGUUUAUGAAAAUUACAGUAUUAGCAAGGAAGAAAAGUAGGUUACGCGUCAAAAAUAAAAGUUGAAUACACUCUAGGCAUUAUAAGCUAAAGUUUAGUAAACGUAACACAUUGUAUAUAAAUACAUUCAUUCUCAUAAAUAUUCUUCACAUUUCCAGAGGUCCUUUAGACACAACAUCUGGAAAUCCAACAGAAACGUAAAUCUGAAUAUAUUUAUCAGUCAGCUUGAAUUCGUUUUGCAUUGUUUUUCAUUACCUCUAUGGAAGUAUCUCUUUAUCUAUAUGAUAAUUCUGCCAUGUAAUGCACCACUUAUUUUAGAGUAGGCUAAUGAGUCUGGAUGCAUGGACUUCCGAUACAAACCACAUUAUGGACUGAAGUGACUCAAUACAUGUGUGGCGUUAACUUAAUAGUCAAUUAUAUCAGUUAAAAAAUGAUAAUGGACAUUAAACUGC